GUGGUGUACCUUCAGGGCAAUCAAUCCUUUGCCUAAAUUGGGCAGUUGUUGCAUCAGCUUGAGAAACUACCGUAUUUUUCGCCCUAUAGGACGCACCAUCCCAUAAGGCGUACCUAGUUUUUUUGGGGGGGAAAUAAAGGGGGGGAAAAUAUUUUUUCCCCCCCAGGCGCGGGGCUGGGGCAGGGGAAGCCCGAGAACAGGCAACUCUCCACAAGCCGUGGGAGCCCGGCGCCAGGCUCCCGCGCCUUGCGGAGAGCUGUGUGAAGCCUGGAGAGCGAGAGGUGUCGGUGCGCACCGACCCCUCUCGCUCUCCAGGCUUCAGCGAAAGCCUGCAUUCGCCCCAUUGGAUGCACACACAUUUCCCCUUCAUUUUUGGAGGGGAAAAAGUGCGUCCUAGGGGGAGAAAAAUACGGUAAUCCAUUGGGCACAAAGUGCCCUUGGAGGUAGACUUUCUCCUGUCUUGUUUGCAGCGUCUUCUGCACAGCCUCUUGCCAUUGAUCUGAGGCCGCCAAUCAACAGCUUCAUUCCAUCCCUAUCUUUUGAAACAGAGUUAGUAAACAGUGCUUUGACUCUUUGCCAGACGGUUGUGUGGCUUUGAUUCACCAGUGUUUGUCCAGCAGUCUGAACAGAGGGGUCAUUGAAAUGCAUAGAAAACAGCACUUGGAACUCCUCCUACUGAGCUGAUGCCUGGAUUCAACUGAUUGUUGCAAAGGGGAAAGGAGCCGCUGGUGUCCCAAGCCUCAGUGCCUGUUGACCAUUAACCAAGACCCCAGACUGACCCACUGGGCUUUAGUUCACACACCCGUUCAUCUACUACAGCCAGGAAGGACCCAACAGGGAAGAUGGUUACUGACCCAAGGAGAUGUCCUGUCUUAACGAUCAUGGUACGACUGCUUUUCAUCUUUGUUGGUGCAGGUAAGGAAGAUACUGGCAGGAGUUUGAAUGGCAGACGUGGAGAGAGCCAGGAUGCCUCUGACCAUGGUGCAUUUUGACAGCUCAGCAAACAGUAAUGCAAACGAAGGCAUGCAGAACGUGCAGGUGGGUUGAGAUAAAGGUGCACAGCUGGUGAUCUCUCAAGCUGAGCUCUCAGCCAUAUGCUCAGUGCUCCUCUUUUUUUGCAGGCCCAAGUAGUGCAGGUUAAAGGAGACGGGCUGCAGGAAAGCAAAGGCAGGCAACCUGGCCCCCUCAGGAUUUGUUCUGCUGCAGGGCCAGAAACAUUUUGUGCAGUGGGAAAAUAUGUGCGCUGGGAACUAAGCUUUGUGCAGUUGGGCAAACAGUUUGAAAAGGAGGUGGAUUAUUUACUUUAGAAGAAAUGGGUGGGGGGAAGGUAAAAAUACAGAGAAAAUGAAGAUUAAUAUUAUUUCUUUUGUCAGAUUCUGUUAUACUAACAGUAGAUCAUCAUCAUCAUCUAAAACCAAACCUGGCUGGCCCUGGCACCUCUCAAUUUGAAAGCACAAAAAUAAGAUUGAUUAAAAAUAAGAUUUAUUCAAAACACCCCUCCAGGGUCUUGCAUGCAGUAGCUUUUUGUACCUGUGCGGAGGGAAGCUGAGCCAUGGAAUGUUGAGGUGGUGAUUUUGGGGUGGGGUGGGGUGGCCUGUUUGAUCCCCUGACAUAUGAUUGUAUCCUUGAGGCGAGAGUAGCAUUGGAGGGGCGGGGGGGGGCAUAAGUCUGAAGGUAUAAAUUCUGAAGCAUAAAUUUUCCAUAAGAGUCCUCCCACCACCCCAGUGUUGGCCAAAUAAGAUCAGAAUCCAGGUUGAAAUCUUCACUGUUCCCAGUAGAGUCCAGACAAAAACGAUUUCUCCAAAGUUGUCUCUCAGACUUUCAACAACUUUUCUUGUGCAUAGUUCAAGAGAUGGGAUGUAGGAAGCUUCAGAGAAGCUAUGCAAACUGUGGAAACGGAUCCUUGGUGUUUGAAGCACCAUUUAAUAAUACCGCGCAAGUUUUAUUUAGUGCUUUUGUUACAUAACAGCUGGCUGUGCGUACUUUGCUUACAUCUCAUUUCAGGGUCUGAAAAUAUUACAAGAAGCCAAGCAUGCACCGAUUUCCAGUCUGCAAGCUUACUGCGCGGCAGCAGUCUCAAAGUUCAGUUUCUCCUGUUCUCCUCUUCCAACCCCAGCUGUGGACAGCUGCUCUCCACACGGGAGGACCUGCAGAACUCCAGUUUCAACACCACCUUGGGAACCAAAGUAAUAAUCCAUGGUUUCAGGUACAAACAUACAAAAAUGGAUGGUCAAGCUAAAGUUAAAUUAAGUGGCAGCCAUUUUCCUUGUUUACAGCUUUUCCAUUUGUGUGGGGACUUUCAGUGGCCCAAGGUGAAGAUGAAUGUAAGAAAAAUAGAUUGUGGUGGGGAAGAAUCAUUACUAAGGAAAAACACAAGACCAGCCAUCGAAAACUUAGCAGUCGGGGUUUUCAGAUGAACCCCCUGCGUGUUACAAGCAUGCCUAAGGGGCUGCUGGGGCUGCCUUCUGGCCAAUGUGCUCACCCUUUGUAUUCUGCUGGCUGCAUGUUCAAGAAGCAUGUGCAGCAACUAGAAGAAGAAGAGUUUGGAUUUGAUAUCCGGCUUUAUCACUACCCUAAGGAGUCUCAAAGCGGCUCACAAUCUCCUUUCCCUUCCUCCCCCACAACAAACACUCUGUGAGGUGAGGCUGAGAGACUUCAGAGAAGUGUGACUGGCCCAAGGUCACCCAGCAGCUGCAUGUGGAGGAGCGGAGACGCGAACCCGGUUCCCCAAAUUACGAGUCCACCGCUCUUAACCACUACACCACACUGGCUCUCAUCUCUAGGGAUGCGGGAAGAGUUUGGUUUGGUUCAUAUUUUAAUAGCAUGUGAAACUCCCUAAUUUGUACUUCCUCAAACAAUAUGCAAAAUGAAACACAGUUAUCUGCUGGAAUUCACGCUUCUCCAAAUUUGGGGGGUGCAGUGCUCCAGCCCCCCAAGUGCAAAAGUCAGCAUUGCAUGAGCUCCUGCCUUCUUCCCUUGCUUCUGUCUUCUCAGGGUCCUGGGUACAAAGCCCUCCUGGACAGAUGGGCUGAUCAAGGCCCUGUUGCAGGCAGCCCAAGCCAACGUGAUUGCUGUCGACUGGGUCCAUGGCAGCACAGCAGCCUAUUAUGCCGCAGUGGAAAACGUGAUGAAGUUGGCACUAGAAAUAGCCAGUUUUAUUCGCAAGUUGCUGGUAGGUGGAAAUGGAUUUCUGAGUUUGGGUGUUUCACGAAAAUGGGCCAACCAGCUACAAAAUGGUGGUGGAGAGGAGCAUAAUCAACUGGGAAUUACAGACAUAAUUUUCUCUAUAUAUCUAAUCCCUCCCUGAAAGGGUGUUCCACACUUUAGCGUUCCCCAAGCUGGGUAAAGACAUUGUCUCAGACUCCCUAUUAUAGAAGGAAUCUGCAUGUCCAGAGGCUCUAAGUUCUGAAAAGAUUUUAUUUUAUAUUUUCCCUCCCCCUCCAUGCUUCUCAAAAACCCCCCACAAACUUUUAACUCAUCUCCUGUCAUUUCUACUCCUCUAAUACUAAAUUUGUGUCCUAUUCCCACCUGCAAACUGCCAGUUUCCAUCUCUGCUCCACACUCCUUUCAUAUUCAUUUCUUCCUCUAACAGCUUCCCCACUCAUCCCCUUCCUCUCUGUUCCUGGUUAAUUGUUAUGACCUUUAAAAAUAGUGACCCUUUUAUUCUCUCUAACUUUCUUUAAAGCCCAAAACUGAUCCUUUUCCCACAGAGGAGGGAGGAGAGACUUCUGGGUUUGGCUGGAGACUUGAUAGGAAGGAAAGGGGAGGACUGUGUGUGUGUGUGUGUGUGUGUGUGUGUGUGAAGCAGAGGGGCUAGAAAGCUCAACAGAAGCCCUAGGGGACUUCUCCUUUUCCUCUCUCUCAGUGUGUCCAUUUCCUCUCUUCCUUCCUCUUCCUUUCUUCCUCUUCAACUUUUCGUUCUAUAGCCUCCAGUGGCAUAGCAUGGUGGGGCAAGGGGGGCCGUGGCCCCAGGGCACAACCCAGCGCCCCCACGACAGGCUCCCUCGUGUGGCUGCUGCCUUCCAGAGCCGCGGGGAGGCAAGUCACACGCGGGCUGGAUCUUUAGGGCUGCAACGGUGCCUCCUUCUCCUCAUGGCCAGUGAAGGGACGCCUGCCCCGGGCAGAACUGCUGCUGGCCAGAAAAGCAUGCACCCCAUGGCGGGAGCAUGGGAAGGAGAGCUGCCCACUCAGCUGGGUUCAGCUGGUACCUGUCCUCGUGCUGUGCGGCAAGGAGAGAUGGCCAGGGAAGGCUGUGCUUGGUGCCUCGGCCAGCUCUCCACCACCCUCCUCCUAGGCCUGCUGCAGCUGUGGCUCUGGUGCAGCUGGGACGCCACCAAGCCUGCCCAGGAACACCAGCUGAUGCUCCCAGCAGGAGCUCGCUGAGCGGGUGAACGCAGCAACUGGCAAGCGGCCUCCAUGAGGAGUGGCCACCGCAGGGGCACAGCGAAGUUCCCUUAUUGCCUCCUGCACAACGCCUGCAAGGAGGUCAGGAGGAGCAAUCCUUGCCUUGCCCGGGGUGCCAGCAACACAUGCUAUGCCACUGAUAGAUUUGCUUUCUAACCAGCCCCUGUCCUGAUGCUUUCCUAUGUGCUGUACAUGGGGGGAGCUGUUGCUAGUGACCAUCCAACCAAAAGGCUUGCAAGACAAAGGGAAAGGCAGCAGUGAUGAGAUCUACCGGAACCUCUGGAGGGCUUUAGGGAAGAAAAAUGAUGAAAUGGCGUCAAUUAAUCCUGUUCAUCCUAACUUUUCAGGACUUGGGAGUGCCUGAGAAAUCCAUCCACCUUAUUGGGGUGAGCCUUGGAGCCCAUGCUGGGGGUUUGGUAGGCCAUUUCUUUGAAGGCCGACUGGGAAGGAUUACUGGUAAGAAGAAUAAAAAGGAAAACGUCUAUAUUAGCCCAUGGGGAAAAAAAUGAAAUGAAGGAUUCUUGGCCACUUUGCCAGGCCAUUACAGCUAUCGAGGUGAUUUCUAGCAGUCCUACUGGUUUGACUAGUUUGACAUACCCACAAUCAAAAAUAAAGGUCUGGGUAACUUCUUAAACCUUUUUUGAGAUUAUUUAUGUAUGUUCCCACUGUAGCCCAAGUUUGGUUAGCCCAAAAACAGAAAAUGAGUGAGGUCCCAGCUAAAGAAGAAUGACAAUUUAAGUUGACAGAUUAUGCACAACUCACAGACUUAACAUAUAGAAUAAGAGAACAAGAAGAGCGUGUUGAAAGAAGAUUGGAAAAUGUUUAUUGAAAAUAUGGGAAUAUAUGGGAAAGAUAUUGAAUAUAUGGGAAAUAAUUGUAUACAGCUGAAAACGCUGACAGAAUUAAGAUAAAUUCAACAGUUUUGAUAGAUGUAAUAAUGGAAUACUGAAUGGUAUAGUUUUUGUAAAAUAUGCAGGGAUUUAUGAUAUGUAAAAUGAACCAUGGAAAGAGAAGAAGGAAAGUCAUUGAUAUCUUAAGGAUGUAAAAUGAGUAUUUUAAAUUAUAAAACAGAAAAUUUAAUAAAAAUUACACACAUUCACAAAAUCAAGGGCUGGAAGGGAUAUUGAUGCCUCUUUAGUUCAAUAUUUAUAGAAUUAAUUGGAAUAGCUAAACUAUUUGGCACAAUGUAUUAAGAAAAAAAGUUGAUGGUGAGAAAAAUGUAGGAUGCCCACAGAUGUUUAAUAGCCACUAAAAAAUGUUGAGGAUUAUAGCACAAGUCAAAUCCAAGAUCCAUAAGAGAGUCUGGAUCUUGGGCUAAACUGCUGCAAGGGCACUUUGGCUGAGCUAGAGACCUGCUGAGCUGGGGCUCAGUCCAUAGAACUUAAAGCCGCAAUAUGUAUGUCCGUUUAAGUCCCCCCAAAGGCGUGUUCUGAGGGGCGAGAUGAGGCACAGAGAGAUUUACACCCACCCCAAACCUUUGCAUAUUUGGAAGGAGCGUCCGUGCACCUCUCCUGAGACAUUUUCUUGUCUGCUUUUGUCUUUCUUGCAGUCGAUCUUCCUGCAGAGGAAGGAACUGCAAUUACACACUUUGCACAACACCAAAACCUUUUCCUCCUUUGAACGCCAAAGUUGCUGAACCCAGAGCGCUAGCUGAAAUCUGACUCUGGGCAUAUUUCACCCAGGGCUCUCUAGUCACUAUAAUUUCUCUCACCAGUGCCACAUCUGGAGGGGGACGUAAAAGGGGGCAUUUUAGGAGGGCAGCAAAAUUAUGUGGUGGCUCCUGGAAGGUGGCCAAGCGGGAGGCAAGCAAAAUGGGGGUUGGGCUGAGGGGGCGCCAUUGCUCCUGUUCCUCUUGCAGCCUAUUAUUCAGGUUUGGCCAACAUGGGGGCAUCUUUUGGUUCUUCUGACCCAACCACUGAAACCUCAGAGCUCCAGGGCUGCUCUCUGCUCUCAUCUAGUGAUCACCCCUGAGCCUAGAGAGAGGCCUCUGGCAUGGGGUGGGAAGCUACUGAUGGCGUCCAGGCUACUCCAGCAACGAGGGGCGGGAGCAAACAGGGCCAGUGUUAUGUACUGAGUUGAAUAGGAUCCAAAAUGCAGCAGUCUGAUUGGUCCUAGAACAAUAGGAUCCAAAAUGCAGCAGUCUGAUUGGUCCUAGAACAAUAGGAUCCAAAAUGCAGCAGUCUGAUUGGUCCUAGAACAAUAGGAUUCAGAAUGCAGCAGUCUGAUUGGUCCUAGAACAAUGCAACAGUAUGAUUGGUCUGCAGGAGCCACCCAAUCCAGCCCCAGGUGGAAGUGAAUCCACAACCUGAUUGGCCUACAGGAGAAUUCCGGAAUUAGCCAAUCACGUGGGGCCCAUUGUGUAAAUAAUGUAUAUAAAGCAGAUACUUUGGGGAAACUUUCAUUCCUCCUCACCACUAUGAGCUGAAUAAAGAGCAUGAAAUCCACUCUCGACUCCGAGUAUAUUUCAGCCAGAAAGUUUCCAAAGGGGGGCUUUGUAGCAAAGACCUCUGAGAGUUUGCAGAAUCUCUCCCCCGCCCCCCCGCCCCGCAUCACUGAGUCAUCACAAUCUGUACCCCCACCCCCAUAAGGUGGAGCUAGACAUAUUGACUGGCUGAAAGCAGGGUAGGGAGUGGGCAGGCGUAUCUGGAAGGGAGGUCAGGAGGAAGUGCAGAGAUCAGGGCUGGGAGAGCCGGCAGUUGUGCAAAUUAUUGCCAACUUCAGCAAAAUUUUGUCGAUCCGGCAGUGGCUAUCACAGUCUUCUUUGCCUUCAGUGGUGCUAUGAAUCCAAUUUUUUAUUUAAAAAAAUAGUCCCUUGAUAUUCCUGAGCAUUUUGGUGUAAGAAAUGCUUUUGCUGCAAUUUGGUUUGAGGCUAAGCUGUUCCCGGAGCCAGAUUGUCUCAUCUACCAGGGCUGCAGCCCAAGCAAAAGAACAAUACAGUGGUACCUUGGGUUACAGACGCUUCAGGUUACAGACGCUUCAGGUUACAGACUCCACUAACCCAGAAAUAGUACCUUGGAUUAAGAACUUUGCUUCAGGAUGAGAACAGAAAUCGUCCUCUGGCGGCGCAGCGGCAGCAGGAGGCCCCAUUAGCUAAAGUGGUGCUUCAGGUUAAGAACAGUUUCAGGUUAAGAACGGACCUCCAGAACAAAUAAAGUUCUUAACCCGAGGUACCACUGUAGUUGAGAGAUCAAGGACCAGAUUGGUAAAGAAAAAGUGUUUUAUAUGUGUUGUAUGUGCAAUAUAACACUGUGACACUAGAUGGCGCUGUGGAGUCCCAUCUUUCCCUACCGGAUUUCCCUGUAUGAGUUUACCACGCGUUGAACUGAAUCGCCUCUUUGGUUUGUCUAGAAUCCAGCCCUCGCCACAGACUUCCCAGACCAUAGCAGCACUCUGUUUUUCAUCCAUAUUCCAGGUCUGGAUCCUGCAGGGCCCAAGUAUACCAAGGCCAGUCGCGAAGAGCGCCUAGAUCCGGGAGAUGCUGUCUUUGUGGAAGCCAUUCACACGGAUGCAGACAGUACGUUGGUUGCAUUGGCCAAUCCCAUGAUGCUUCCCAAGCCCUUUGUUUGCCCCUCCUUCUGCAAGGUGGAGAGCUGGAGCCGAGGUUUAUGAAGAUACCAACCAAAACACCCUGCUUCCUGCAGUGGUGGACAUGCAGGAAGUCCAGGCUCUCUAAUCAAGGUGGCCACUUUGUGAAUGUUGUCCCUACCACUCUAUAUUCCUGGCUAGGAGAAGAUAGAAGAUCAUUUGUCUGCUCACUUUUUUUGACUGCCAUCAGUACAGUCGUACCUUGGAUCCCGAACGCAUUGCGAGUUUAACGUUGGAAGUGAGUGUUCCGGUUUGCGAACGUUCUUUGGAACUUGAACGUCCGAUGCGGCUUCCGAUUGGCUGCAGGAAGCUCCAAUCAGAAGCCGCACCUUGGUUUCCGAACGUUUGGGAAGUCGAAUGGACUUCCGGAACAGAUUCCGUUCGACUUCCAAGGUACAACUGUAUAUGUUGUGCCUUACAGAGUUCCACAGGCAAAUGUAGGCAAACCCCUGUUCUCAAGGAGCUUAUAAUAUAAAAUAAGCAAAGGGGAGAGAUGGAGAUGGAGAGGGCAGGUCUUUCCUCCACCCGCUUGCCUGUCUGGAGAACAUGUCCUCUCAUAGGUAGGAGACCAAGGGCUGGCCUUUAUCUAGUCUCACCUGGAGCUGGGAAGCCACAGAGAGGCUAGAUUUGUUCUCUGCGCUGAGUACAAAGAAAGCUAACUGGGAAAUAAGAUUGGCUGGAGUGUUAAUGCUGUGAAACCCUCCAGCUUAUAUGUGUGUGUAAGUGAAGCCAUAUAUUAUAAAGAAACCAGUGACCUGCAUCCCAGAGAAAUCAAACCUAUGAUGUGCUCUCACACCCCUGAAGUCUCUCAGCACUCAGAGAUUGGGGUACAGUGGUGCCUCGCAAGACGAAAUUAAUCCGUUCCGCGAGAGUCUUCGUCUAGCGGUUUUUUCGUCUUGCGAAGCAACCCUAUUAGCGGCUUAACGGAUUAGCGCUAUUAGCGGUUUAGCGGCUAUUAAAGGCUUAAAGGCUUAUCGGAUUAGCUGCUAAAAGGCUAUUAAAGGCUUAGCGGCUUAGAUAAAGGGGGGGAAAGCGAAAAAAAAAAUCUCAAGACUCGCAAGAUAUUUUCGUCUUGCGAAGCAAGCCCAUAGGAAAAUUCGUCCUGCGAAGCAACUCAAAAACGGAAAACCCUUUCGUCUAGCGGGUUUUCCGUCUUGCGAGGCAUUCGUCUUGCGGGGCACCACUGUACAUAUAACAGUGCCUUUUUCCCCAUACGAGUAGUCUCUCUCCCAUUCUGCCUAGCACACAACAGUGAAUUGCACUACUGUAUUUAAGUUUUUUUUUUAAUUAUUAUUAUUAUUAUUAUUAUUAUUUCACAAGAUCAACAUACAACGUGGAUGCAAUAAAACCUCAGAGCACUUUGCAAAAAGGUUAAAACAAUAAAAUGAUCAGUUAAAAAAAGUUAUAAGCAACUGCUGGUUCACUGUUAGUGUGUGCUUUGUUAGUGUAUGUUAUUAAUUUCUGAGUGCUAAUACUUUCCCUUUGUUAUAUUUAGCAUUUAUAUAUUUAGCAUACAUAACUAAAGUCUACAAAUUUCGAUAAAAAAGUCUAUUUUAUAGAUCCACACCACAUUGUUUUGUUGUUGUUUAAUCGUUUAGUCGUGUCCGACUCUUCGUGACCCCCUGGACCAGAGCACACCAGGGUUUCUUAUGAUAAGAUCUCUUCCUCUCCCAUAUGUGUGUGUGUUUGUGUGUGUGUGUGUGUGUGUGUGUGUGCGCACGUGCACACACACAAAGGUUUUGUGAAUUAGGUUAAUGGAUUUUCCAUUUGUUGUCAACCCUUCUAACUGGGACUUUGCCCUGAAUAUCCAGAUGGAAUAUUUUGAAUGCGAGAUAGAAGUGCAAUCCUAACUCAGGUCUUCUUUCAGAUUUUGGUAUCCGGAUCCCUGUUGGCCACAUUGAUUACUAUGUCAACGGUGGCAGAGAUCAGCCUGGAUGCCCCCGUUUUAUAUCAUCUGGUAAGUUUACUAAUACAGUAGAAGCUGCUUUUCACUCGCCAUUUAUCAUUGCAAGUUUUCAAUGAAAUGGAGGCAGACUAUAUCAGGAGCUCCCUCUGUUCAAGUCCAGUGAGCGCUGUCAAAGUAGUAGCAGAUUUGCCAGCUGGGCCGGCCCACCCACAAGGCAAGGGGAGGUGACUGCCUCAGGCAGCAGGAUCCACAAGGGCAGGAAUCUUUGUACUGAUGUCCAUAUUCACUUAGCCAUGAAUACAACCCAUGGUAGCAAGUUCCUCAAUUUAUUAUUUCAUUUUUAUUAAAUUUGUCAGUCACUUUAUCUUGUUGCCCAGGGCAUACAAAUAUAUAACAAACCCCACAUCGAUACAUUGAAACUAAGCAGAAAGAGAAAUACCCGUACAUCUGAAAUCUCUAAAAAGCCAAAGGUAGUUAAAGUGAAUUGUUGUAGAGACUCUCCAUGACACGCGGGAUUGAGUUUCAUAGCUGAACUGGUGUGUUAUAUGUGCACUAGUUUUAUUGAAUUUUCUCUGAUAUUCAUUUAGAGAAACAUAACUAAGUGGUAAAAUAAUAUGGGCUGAUAUAGCCUUAAAAUAUAUUUUACCCCAUAUGGUGCUCCAUGUAUUUAUGGUGAUAUUUACAUUGAGAUCAGAUUCCUAUAAAUAUUUUUGACACUUUCUGUUGUAACAACAACAACAAUUCUACUCUGGGUGGAUUCCAAGCCCCCCCACAUCUGAAAAAAACCCAGACAUUUCCUUUAAAAUGUAAAAAUCCACCCUGAUGGGCGUGUUGGCCUCUGAAAAGAGGACAUGUCGGGGUUUUCCCAGAUGUAUGGCAACCCAGUGCUUCUGGAUACACAAUCUUUGCCAAAGGUGAGAAAUGCUAUUCCACCCACUGAGUUGAUAAUCAGGAGUGCUUGCCUCAUUUUAUAUGCUGUUUUCCUCUUCUUCAGGCUAUAACUACCUGAUCUGCGACCAUAUGAGAUCGGUACAUUUCUACAUUAGCGCCUUGACUGACCCCUGCCCCAUGAUGGCUUUCCCUUGCUCGAGUUACAAGGAUUUCUUAACUGGCCACUGCUUGGACUGCUUGGACCCUUUUCCCCUCUCCUGUCCAACAAUAGGUAUGUUGCUCAGCUUGCCUCUUCGAUGAAUUAGAAGCAGCAUCAGGCAUGCAGAGGGAUCUAGAAAUCCAGAAUUUGGCUGGAAAUUUUGAGUGUAGGAGAGGUGUCGGGGAUCCAGUCUUGUCUGUCAGGAGUGGAGCUGAAGUCUUGCUGUCCUUAACAAUCAUGUUGUAAUUUCUACACAGGUAGGAAAUAGACGGAAUUGCAGACAUAAACUCUGAAUGGCAGGAUGCAAGAUUAAAUAGCCCGAAUCAAUGGUUUCGUGAGUUGCUUUGCCUUCAAACUGUGGCUUGACACUGUAUGAAUCAGCCUCAGCAAAGCAGCACCAGCUCACAUCCUCCUGCAUCCUGUGUGGCCAGGAGAAAGAGGUCUGCUGAGAAUCCUUUCAGAGUUAAAUAUUCUCCGCAAUGCGUGCAAGUCAGAAAUUCUGGUUUAAAUGGUUAGUUGCUAAACAAGCCAGUCUCAAAGCAUGGGUUAUGAAGCGGGCUUCUUUGACGCCAUGCAGAGUGAGAAAAGUCAGCCCUUGGCCCCCCUUGGUGGCCAUUCUCUCAGGCGGCAGCAGGAGGAGAAACAUGAGACAGGUAACCCAGUCAGGUGAUCUCCCCCUCCUGAGCUGCGACACAGGUUAACCAAAAGGAGUGCGUUUGGGACCCAUGAACUGCCUGCCUGCACACAUGGCAUAAUUUGAGGUGACCGAUAAUCAGAUCUAGAACUGCAGUCCAGUUUGGGAUCCACAUUUAGCGGUCUGGAGAUCCAAUUUGUGUUCCUUUAUCUGUACCGUAGGCAUUCCUGUAUAAAAGAGACUGAUAAUGAAGUAUUUCGUAACUCGGUUCCCAAACGCCCUGGGAGUUCCUGCUCCCGAAUGAUCGGAAACCGGAAGUGAGUGUUCCGGUUUUCGAACGUUCUUUUGGAAGCCAAACGUCUGACGGGGCUUCUGCAGCUUCCGAUUGGCUGCAGGAGCUUCCUGCAGCCAAUCGGAAGCCGCACUUUGGUUUCUGAAUGUUUUGGAAGUCGAAUAGACUUCCGGAACGGAUUCCGUUCGACUUCCGAGCUACAACUGUCUUUGUCUUCCUGAUACACCCUCAAGUAAAAAGCCACUUGUCUUGCAUUGUACUCUGAACUCAAGUCAGAGUUUCUCUGGUUUUUCCUACCACUUGGCUUUCCCACACUCUGGUCGCCACAGAGAUAUCACAGGGAUGGGUUAUUUCCUACCAUUUCCUACUGCAUCCCUUCCGACUAAGGCUGGGCAGGUGUUGGAAUGGGAAAUACCGGAUCCCUUCUCUGGUUAAAGGCUUGGAGAGAACCAGACCUCCCCACCCCCACCCCAGCUGUUCUUCGGUCUGUAAGGAGAGGGGGAGACGCAGAGACAGCUGCUGUUCUUGGGUGUUUUUGUUUUUCUUCUCAGAGCUACCAGCAGGUCUCUCUGUUUGAGAGAGAUUGGUUGCUUCACAUUGCGGAAAAGUAGUUCGGAGGAAAGAGUUUACCACUUCCUCAUCUUCAAAGAAGCAGCCGGGGCUUAGGCCCUGUGCUGGUUUUUGCUUUACUAAUCACAGAGCUUUCCUGGUUUGGACCAGGAGGCAACCCUUGCUCAACUCAAGCAAACAGUCUCUUACUUGUAGUGACAGCUAACACCAAAGAAGAGGAGUAGCAAAACACCUCCCCUGCUCCCAAUUGGUAUUUUUACUUUCCAAAUUAUAAAGCUUUUACAUAUACUUCCUCUGUGAGCCAGUCUUGUGCUAUGCUGAGGAAACCUGGCCACAAUUCCCAGCGUAUCCACAAAGCUCAGUGGUCACAUUUGGUCCGUCUCCUUACUUCAGAGGGUUGUUGAGAGGAUAAAAUGAGAGGAAAUUCAUGUGUGCUGCCCUGAGCUGCAAAUGGGACCAUAACAGUCUCUUAGUAACAAAACUGCUUUGUUCUCAUUCCUUCUCUUUGCUCAGACAAUAGAAAAUAAAAUCACCAAAGAAGGGAUGUAUGAGAAACGAGCCUAGAGAUGGUCUUGUUUUGUGAUCUAGAUUCUGAUCUUGCUUAUGCUUAACACAAAGUUACAGAAAUAUCUUCAGUGGUGAUGAUGAUGAUGAUGAUGAUGAUGAUGAUGAUUUAUUUAUUUAUUUGUUUGUUUGUUUAUACCCCACCCAUCGUGACCCAUACAGAUAUACAGCGUACAUGUCUGCAAAGACUCUGUUUCUUUCUCUCAAACCAAAUACCCUAAACCCAAGUUCUUCUAAGAGAUGCGUUUGACAGUUUGUAUUGUUGUUGUUUAGUCGUUUAGUCGUGUCUGCCUCUUCGUGGCCCCCUGGACCAGAGCACGCCAGGCACUCCUGUCUUCCACUGCCUCCCGCAGUUUGGUCAGACUCAUGCUGGUGGCUUCGAGAACACUAUCCAACCAUCUCGUCCUCUGCCGUCCCCUUCUCCUUGCACCCUCCAUCUUUCCCCACAUCAGGGUCUUUUCCAGGGAGUCUUCUCUUCUCAUGAGGUGGCCAAAGUCUUGGAGCCUCAGCUUCAGGAUCUGUCCUUCCAGUGAGCACUCAGGGCUGAUUUCCUUAAGAAUGGAUAGGUUUGAUCUUCUUGCAGUCUAUGGGACUCUCAAGAGUCUCCUCCAGCACCAGAAUUCAAAAGCAUCCAUUCUUCGGCGAUCAGCCUUCUUGAUGGUCCAGCUCUCACUUCCAUACAUCACUACUGGGAAAACCAUAGCUUGAACUAGACGGACCUUUGUUGGCAAGGUGAUGUCUCUACUUUUUAAGAUGCUGUAUAGGUUUGUCAUUGCUUUUCUCCUUGGGAGAAAAGCAAUGACAGUUUGUAUACCCAUGCACAAUAAGCAAAACAAGAGAGAUGUAUUUUCUCAUUUCACAUAUAUUCUACAUCUGCUAGCUAUGCUAUGCUAAGGACUGAAAAUCUCCCCCUUGACUGCUGGGGAUCUUAUUCAGCCUUCCUCUCACAUAUUGAAUUUCACCAGGUCACAUACUUCACUGACAUAAGGACUAGAAACUUGAUUUAUUCUUGUUUUAGGACUGCUAGACAAUGGAGGAGUCCACGUGGGGAAACUAUCGACAGAGGUAAAGGUUUACCUGACCACAGCUGCAUCAGCACCAUACUGUGGUGAGUGCAUCCAGAGGGCUGAGAUUUUCUUGAUAUUUCAAGGCAACGGCAGAGAAUAUCAAAAUCCCACAGGGCGCCCCUUACAGAUGUAGUGUAGGGAAUGGGCUCUCAUGCACUGUUCUCACACAUCUGACUUGUGCACAUUUGUUUGAAGGCCUGCAUGGAGCCUGCACAUGCGCAUCUCUCUCCAUAUGAUUGGGAACUGUGUUUUUUCACAGUCACAUGGGAGACCUCUAGACACACAGAGCACACAUCUAGGCUUUGUGCAGACAAUCAAAUAAACUUGUAAGGCAUGGGUGGAGCACAAUGCCAUGAUCUACUACCAAUCUUUGGGGGGCCACAGCAAGCACAUUUGGAAUUUUGAGGAAAGCGCAUUGGGUGUUAGUCUUACAAAAUGGCUCCCACAGUGCCAUGGCCUAACACAAAAUGGCAGGAGAGAGGAAAGAAAAGAAAAAUAGAUGGGGCCACAAAACGUGGGGGCAUUCCCUUCCCAUUGGUCCCCAAAGGGAAAAAAACCUAUGCCAGCCGUUGCCAUACUUACAGAUAGAUGCUACUUGCACCUCUUUUCUGUUCAGAAUGGAAAUUAAAACAGGUGUCCUGUCCUAGAAUCCAAUGAACUGUGGGAAGGUUUAAGGGGGCAUGUUCACCGUAGGAGAGGCUGAGCCAAUGCAAACAGGAAUUUAGCAGGAGGAGCAAAUAGUCUAAUGCAUUAUGGAUUUUGAGGGUAUAUUUACUGAGACCAUUCGCAGGUCCUGUAAGAGGUACACUCAGUCAUGCUGAUUCCAUGCUGGCAACCCCUGAUCUAUGCAGAUCUUCAGAUAAAUGUGUAGGUCAGGAGUGGGAACAGCUGCUAUGAUCCUGCUCCUCCCUGCACAUGUAGCAUGUACGAUUGAAAGAUCUGAAAGGCGCUCGUGGGGGCGACUGCUUCAUUAAUGCUGGCUGCGGGAAUUGAUUUCUCUACACUUGAUGGCUGGAAUUGAAUGUGUGAAUUGGCUCCAGUAAAAACUGUUCAUGGUCAGAGAUAGAAAAGUUCAGUCUGUAGUGUUAAGGUCUCUGAUGCUGAGGAACCAGCUCUGAAAAAUCUGUAAAAUGCAUCCAGAGCUGUGAAUUAUGGCAGUUCCUAACCCUAACUCUAACCUUUAACAAAGGAGCAGUUAAAUGGUUUCAAGAGGGGUAAAUUAUGGAUGGCUUUGCAAAAGAUAUAGCAGCCAUCUUCUGUUAGAGCCAGAGUCUAAAGAUAUUCAGUGCUUUUUGCCCCAAAUGUGAUCUCUGUUGCCUAGUGUAUCAUAGCCUGGUAGAAUUUCGCCUGCAGACGAGGAGGACUUCGGACACCAACAUUGAGAUAGCCUUUCUCAGCAGCAACUCCUCAUUCAGCACCAGCAUCAUCAUGUGAGUAACAACGGACAAUUUUGAUGUGCUUCUCACGAUUCUCUCUGUCCCCUUUUCCUUUCAAGAUUUGCUUAGUUGACCGUGCAAUCCUAUGCAUGGUUGUUCAAAAGUAAAGCCCAUUAAGUCCAAUGUGACUUACUCCAAGGUGAGUGUGUACAGGAUUGCAGCCUAAGUAUCUUCACAAGACUCUCUGCAACAGUCACAUUUGUGGAAUAUAACAGCAGCACAAACUUCCACCCAAGAGUAGACACUUUACCCUUCCCCUUCCCCGAAAUAACAGAGAAUUAUUACUUUGAACUUCAUCAAUUUCCUGGGGAAGAUCCACUCACUGAGAUCAUUCACCGAGAAGCACUUUAUUAUAUUCCGAACCACUUCCCUUAUCAGCCCACUCCUCCCAUAUUUCCACCAAACUCAGCCAAGGAACACACAGUUGUUGACCAAAGACACGUCUUUAUUAUUCAUGAGUUUGGCAGGUGAAAGCAAGCAGCAACGCAUGCGAUUCCUUCCCAGGGUCUGCAACCAUCGUACUUGAAAGUGUUACUUGCAAGCUAGUAGCAUCCUGCCAGGAGAAUGCCUGAUUGGCAAGGGUGAGGGGGCACAUGGGGACAUGGAGCACCACAGAGCCAGAGAAGUGGGUGUCAGCCUCCAGCUUUUCAGCAAAAGGGAUGGCCCAGUCUGAAGAUGGUGGUUCUUUCUCAAAACACUGGCAUGCACAUCCCUGAAACAGCCCAUGGCAUCCACAUCUGCUUGCAGAACCAUGUGGUUACAGAACUAUGGCCCCCUGCAGAGCCAAAAUUUCAAGGUGGGAUGAAUCCAAGGUGACCUAGUUCAUGGAAGCCUUUGAAGGCUUCCACGCAGGUGUAGUCUCUGGCUGUGGGUGUGCAGCCCAUCAGGGGACGGUACAUAAACUGAUAGAGGGGAGUGGUCUCCUGUUGCUGCAACUACUCCAAAGGGUAUGGACCGGGAAAUAGCUGUCUAGACACUAGACUGGUGUGUGUGGGUAUUCGGAGCUGUAGAAACGACUGUGUCAGCUUUGACAAUAAAGAUUUAACUAUCUACCAUGUGCAUUCCUUGGGAUGCAGAGGGCCCUUGACAGUCAGGGCCAGGCACUUCACUCAUAAGUUCUCUGAGACGCGUUUUCAAUUUAUGUUAAUAACAAAUGUGUGAGCCAGGAGAUUGCAUUUUCUUUGAAAUAAAGAAAAACACUACCCUUGGCAUGCAGCAGGAGAGAAACUUCCCCGUCCCCAGGACACCUUAUGAGCAGCACUGGAUAGGGGUAGUUGCAAUAUUGCUUAAGUACAAAUUGAACAGUAGGGGGCACCAACAGGUAAAAAAAGGUGAAAGUAAAGGACCCCUGGAUGGUUAAGUCCAGUCAAAGGUGACUAUGGGGUUGUGUUUGUCCACAGACAGCUUUCCGAGUCAUGUGGCCAGCAUGACUAAACGGCUUCUGGCACAACAGAACACCGUGACAGAAACCAGAGUGCAUAGAAACGCCAUUUACCUUCCCGCCACAGUGGUACCUAUUUUUCGAAUCACUAGGUUGGCAGGAGCUGGAACAGAGUAAACAGGAGCUCACUCCGUUGCGGGGAUUCGAACCGCCGGCCUUCCGAUCAGCAAGUCCAAGGGGCUCAGUGGUUUAGACCACAGCGCCCCCCGCGUCCCAACAAACCACCUAGUUGUCCACCCCUAGAGGUGGGCAUACUGUUGAAUAGGUUUGCAGUGCCCUAUCAGAACAUUUCACUGUUUGCUCAUUGCUGAGAAUAGGGAGAUUAGUUUACAUUUUGCUGGGUCAGUCAUGUUGUCUUUCCUGAUUAUUGGGGCCACCAUUCUUUCAUUCCACCCCUUGGAUAAUUGGCCUCUCUUGUUUAGAACUGUAAACAUGGGACUGUAAAUUGUUGUUGUUGUUAAUGUGUGUAAUAUAUAUAUUUGAGGGAAGGCAAGCAACAUCCCUCUUUUCUGCAGGAGGCUUGUCAUCUGACUCCUUUGUUCUUUCUGCCACGAGAUCAGCUGCCAGCCUUGCAGGCUUGUUUACUAUGCUAAACCUGACAGAGCAAAAAGAUUGUGGAGCAACUUCUCUUAUUUUACCGAAAGGGAAGGUGAUGGGACUUCCCAAACAUGCUAGGAAAUAAUCUUGGGCAAUUUCACCCUCUUUUUGCACCCGGAGGAAACCUUGCUACUCCCCCACCUCCCCUUUUUUUUUACUCUUCCCUUUUGUAAAGCUUAGGAAACUCUAAACAGUCAAAGAAAGAGGAAGGGACACACAAAUACAUACAAAGAAAUAAACCAAUAAAUGGGUUCUGAGGGAAAUAUAAUGGUGAAGGUUCACCCAGGAAGGACGUGAAGAGGCGCAGGGAUUAACCUCCCAGAAUCUCCUUGCACGUGCAAAAGACUACACACCCAUCAAAGGACUGGAAAGUAGAAAUCUAGGGCAUACACACUGGUAGAGUUUAUGCUACUAUUUCCUAGUGGGCUCGGGGUGGGGUAAAUCAGGCAUGUCCACAGCCCGUUUUGGGGGCCUAAUCCAGCCCACCGGCAGGUUCAAUCCGGCCCCUGUGGUCGGCCCUCACACAUGUUCACUUCAUCAAAUCUGGCCCUCUUUGAAAAAAGUUUGGGCACCCCUGGGGUAAAUAGAAUAGGGGGGAAACAUGGAACAACAGCUGGGGAAACAUGAGCUGUUUACAGAAGGCUGGUAAUAUUGUGUGGACACGGAGGUCCAGCUCCGAGGGCCUUCUGGCGGUUCCCUCAGUCAGUGCCAGAAGUGAAGCUACAGGGAACCAGGCAGAGGGCCUUCUCAGCAGUGGCACCCACCCUGUGAAAUGCCCGCCCAUCAGAUGUCAAAGAAAUAAACAACCGUCUGAUGUUUAGAAGACAUCUGAAGGCAGCCCUGUUUAGGGAAGUUUUUAAAGUUUGAUCUUUUGUUGUGUUUUUAAUAUUCUGUUGGGAGCCGCCCAGAGUGACUGGGGAAACCCAGCCAGGUAUGCAGGGUAUUAAUAAUAAAUUAUUAUUAUUAUUCCCAAAAUAUGUGAAUGGGGCAUGUAAAGGAUUGUCUGUAUACACCUUAAAGUUUAUCCUGCAUGCACAAAAAGUCCCUGUUGCUCCCUCGCAUCCCCUUGUUGUCUUUCGCAGACCCAAGCAGCAGACCGUAGGCAAAGGCCUCCUGCCCCACUCUGCCCCACGGUGCCAGAUGAAAAGCGUAACGCUGCAGUACCGUCACAAGACCUGGAGGAGGAAUAAAGAGGAGACUCCUGUUUUGGGCCACUUCUGUACUGCUCCCCUGCCUGUCGACACCAGGUAACCAAGAUGCAUGAUUUCUAAGGACUCAACCGGCAAGGGAAUUUUACCGAGUGAGGAAUGGAAAGCCUUUUUGUCUUCAUUUUGUGGAGUUUGGGGUCCACGCAGAUAAUCAAGAGGUUAAUGUGAGGGAUUUCUUCCCUUUUCAUUAGGGGCUGCUCUCAAAGGCCAAACAAUGCCCACUUGUGUGGGAGAAACUGGUAAUAUAAAACAAGCCAUUGCCUCCCAAACCGAGACCUGUCACUCCAGCUGCCUUGCACGUCCCACCCUUUUACAUGGUUUGGGAUGUUUUGUGGUAUUUUAUGCAUUGUGACCUUCCAUUAUUUUUAUUGAUUAUAGUUUAGUAAUUCUUUAUUGUAAUCGUUAAGUGUAAACUGUUCAUUAUUGGCUGACAUAUAAUUCUACUGUUUACUAUUAUAUCCCAAUUGAAUAUUGCUUUAUUUGAUACAAGUUGUAUAUUUUAAAGUUAUGUUUGUAUUAUGACUUUUUGGUAUUGGAUCAGAUGAUUAUAAGGUGCAUGAUCUUUGCUGUCUGUUUUGUUGUUUCUUCAGCUUGUAAAUCGCCUUUUCUAUCGUAAUAUAGAAAAGAGGUAUACAAAUUAAAAGUGAAAUGAAAUGAAAAUGAAGGCCAGCAGGCUGACAAAACAGCCUGAACAACCCUGAGGUGGCCGCUUCCCCUUGCCUCAUGGAUGGGCCGGCCCUAGACCUGAGGCCCUGUGGCUCUGGACUUGCGCAGGACAGAUGUGCACUGGGUAACCGGCUUGAUGUGCUGCAGAUGUUGGACUGCAAUUCUCAAAAGGGCCAAAAAAGUUGUACGAUGAGAGCUGUUGUCUAAUCUUCUAGUCACCAUGCUGGCUGAUUUAAUAUACCUUUACCAAAAAGCCUCCCAACCCUAUCGCUGGAUUUGUUAGCAUCCUUUAACUUCAGUCUUUUUCUUUUACAGUAAGGAGAUAUUCUGUCUACCUCAGCUGCUGACUCUGACGCGAAACAACCCACUUCUACGUGGCCUCACCGUUGCCUGUGAUUAGCACAACUGAGCUAAGAGAUAACAAGAAGACUCCUAAGGGUGGAGGCAUAUAUUCUAAAAUAAAAAAAUGUGAUAGAAGCCCAGUUGUUGGGGAACUAAGUGGAUGCAGAUACAGAAAUUCUCUCAGUCCCCGUGUUCUCUCAGUGUUUAGGAAUGGAAUUCUUUGAAGCAAAUGUGAGCUGCAUUUGUUCAUAGCACAUUCUUGUCCGUAGAUUAGACAUAAUUAAUGUUGCGUUCUUUACAUGUCACUUUGCUUGAUGUUUCAUAGUGCUGUUAUCCUGAAGCUCCCUGCAAGAGGAAGAUUUUAUUAUUCCCUCCCUCUUCUACAUCACCUCAGUAUACUAGCUGACAGCAUGCUGGGAGUCAGCAGACUAUGAGAGACUGGGAACACUUCCAUUCCCAAGUCAACCCAGGAAGAGUUUGCCCAUUUCUAGUGACGAGUGUUACCUGUAGGGGUCGUAUUGUUUCCGAUAACAGCUGCUAAAACUCAACCAUUUGUAAAACAAGUGCAGUCAUCACUGAGGAGUGUCUGAUAUCAUGAUUUUGACUCAGGUAUUCACUGAUGCUAAUAGUCUCCUUUGAUAUUCUGUUUGUAGGUUCUGCUGCAGCUGCUAUGCUUUCCUAACAUGUCAAAGCAAGUAGCACGUAAACUAUGUAUUAUGACAUCAGAUUGUUCAAAGUGGUAAGAAGGAAAAAGGAUUGCAUGCUUAAAAAAGAAAAGAAAAGGUCCUCACAACUACCAAUAAAGAAAUAUAGGAUACAGCCAGUGCUUUUCUUCUAGGUAAAAAUAUGCCCGUACUGCGUACCCUUGAGUACCCCCGGGGGGGGAGCACUGGAUACAACUAUGUGAUUUACUGAGUCAAUAAUAAAACAUAACAAAAGGAAGAGGAUUGUGUGGUUUAUAUAUUAUAGGUUCUGCACUGUGGCAUACCAUCAGGGGGAGAAGCACUGCAUUUAGGGUGCCUGAAUUGGCAAGGAAAAAAGUAUUGGGGUUGUGAUAGUCAACAAAAAUGUUGUGUCACUGAGUGGUAGCUGUGAAACAAGGUGAAUUCUGUGAUGCAGUCAUUGAAAUAAAACUGCCAAUAUCAUAAUGCCAUUAUAAAAAUCUAUGAUGCAAUUGCACCUGG